AUGCUUCAGAACUUGAUUGACGAACGACAGAUUCUACUAUGUGAGGAUCGAAGCACGAGCUUCCGCGGCACCGCACGGAUUGACAUUGAGCAUUUGAAAUUUGACCUCCAGCCCUCAGCUGAGCCCAGGAUCAGCACGAAGAGACACAAGGGGGUUCCCAAAAGCAACGUAGAGCGACUCAAGGAUAUAUUCCGCACUGAAGGUUGCUUACCUCUCGAGCCAGAAAAUCGUAUUGUGGCAAUUAUUAGUCAAGUGGUCUUAGAACAAGCUCUUCGAUUGUCGGAGAAAACUCAAGACGUCUUUUUGGAGAACCCGGGUGGCAGUCCCCCAGUCCUAAAACUUCCACCUUCGUGCCGGCUACAAUGCUUGACAGGUUAUUCUCGAGUGAAAGCGGCUGAACACUUUUUAGAGCCCGGAUGUCGCAUUUGGGCGGUCGAUCUAUAUCUCGAAGAUACAAGUAACGACCUUCGGGACGUGCUAACAGACCAGUAUUCAAAUCAAAGACAAUACUCAGAUCUAGAGAUCUAUUCCAAUGUACGAAAAUACCACAAACAGGGGGAUGUCUACGCUGAAGGACGUUGGCGCGCCCGACUCUCCGCUAACAAGCAGACCAGGUUGACCCAGUUCCUCAAACAUGAUAUGCUGCGUGCGUCACUCGAAGAAGUCCUCAAAAUGCCUGGUCAGCGCAUGGGAUGCGACGAGGAGUUUGUACACUAUUUCCGACAUAUUGUGACGACUUGGUCGGAGAUGUUCGAUGGGAAUGAAGACCUCAUAUUACAAAUCGACCGUUUCUCUGUUGAAGAAAUGCAACUCCGAGUGCCAGGACGAUGCCUGCAAGAUUUCAAACAUUUAAAUCCGCUUAUGGAGAACGGCAGAUUGUUUCCUUUUAUUCGAGACCCAGAUCAACGACGUUUCGUUUGGAAUCGAAUCCUUAAGAUUUCUACCCUUAUCCCCUCUCUCCAUUCCGCCGCCCAGGACCGAAAAUUCCUCAGUCCUAUAGCUAAAGCCAUCAGACGUUUGUGCAGUGGCUCGUUGAAAACAACACUAAGGGCAACGUUGAGGCAUGCUUUCAGCCCUGUCGAUCGCACAGAGGACAUUGUCGACGUCCAAACUUCUGACCACACAAGAUGUCAAUAUAAAGGUACCACAACGCAACAGUUUAACUGGGGAAUUGCACAGUUAGUUUGCUUUGCCAGCCGUGAAUUUCCUAAUCUCAUUCGGGAAUGUCCACUGAAAGAGCCAGGAAAAUCCAAGCCCUUACCAAAGGAACCGGAUGCGGCAAUAUGGGCGUCUUUUGCUCAACUUGCCUAUCAUCUAGGAUUUGAAAGUGAGAAAAUUCUCGAGCUCAAGCAAAAAGACGUUGAUGAGGAAAUUGCCACAACCAUGUUGCUCCUGGCGCGAAAACCCCCUCGAUUUUUCUACGAUGAAGUCGAGUUUCAGCAGCAUAAGUUGGAUAUUGUUCAGAAAUUUUUCACAGCUCAUGAACAGGAAUAUUCCCAUUCAUCACUCAAGUGGGUAUUGAAAGGAGAAGGCGAAGGGCUGGACAGAAGAUGCGGACGGACGUUUGAGUUCGCCCACAAUUACAACCAAGAUCAUACUUUUUUCCCCAAUUUUUGGGCCUACCAAGGGGAGUCUGGUGAGGGCAUAUCUCCUCUUUUUGUCAGAUUCGCCGUUCUGAAGGCAUUUUUUGGUGAUCUGUUUGGCGAUCAGAAGCCUCUAGCAUACCCGGAGAACGUCAGUGACUCUUCGAUACGUGACCCGGUAGACUUGGAUAUGGAUUCCACAGCUUCCAUCAGUUCAGAGAUCGAUGUUGGAUCUGAGGAGAGGCUAGCACAAGACGAGGAGGCUCAGUUGCGGGCUGAGAUAAAUCAGCUUCGAGUCGAGUUGGAAAGUCUACACGAAGUCAUGAGGAAUGAAACUGUCAUACGCGAAGAGGCACAGAAAUUGACAGCCGUGCUUCAAGAGCGCGUUCAGCAACACUCUACCGUCGAUGAGAAGUUGCUGCAAGCUGAAAGUAAGAUCAAAGAUUUAUCUUCACAGCUAGAUCGUGACAAAUUGGUCCAUGAUGCCGAGUGCCAGCGAUACAAGCUGGAGCUCGAUCGCACUGAGCAGGAAUGUUCUCGGAAGGAACUUGCCCUGCGCCAGAGUCAGGAGAUAACACUGAGAGGAGACAACGACAAAGCCAGACAAGUUGAAGAGCUCCAGGGUCGUCUCUUGGGACAGGAGACACACCAAAGACACGAAGUUGAUGCAUUGAAAGCACGGCUGAGCGGGAUGGACACCACAUUGAACGAGAGUCUUCGGGCUAGAACACAGCUGGAGGAUGAAUCUCGGUCGAGAAGCCAGUCUUACCAAAUAAAUCUCCAAAACUUGCAACAAAGGUUAGACAAAAUCGAAGCGGAAAAGGCUGGCCUUGAAGCUAAAUUGCAAUCGGUACUGACCGUGGGCACAGCCAUUGCACAAAUGGUAGAACAUUUUGGCGAGAUAGGGCGUGAUCUCAUAGAAGCACCUCAGAUGGCUAUAUCGGACGAGGAAACGGAUGUCGUUACCGACCUCACUAUGGUAUCGACAACAGCAUCACCUCUUGACACCCAAAUACAAACACUGGCCGACAACAACUCCACAUGCAGUGAACAAGACUUCAGUCCCGAGGGUGUACUCGCAAUGACUAGGACGGACAACCAUGCCGCUAAUCACGAACAGCUCGGCUUGAUCGUCUCCCAGGUUACUGCGGCAGGGAACGUCGCCGCUGAUGACGGUCUGAGGCAACUUCAAGACGUUCUACAACAAGGGAACACUGCAAAGGUUCAGAUUGUAGAAGGAAUUCGCGCAUUAAGGGCCAAUAUCGUGCUGCUUGAAGGCAAGCGAAAAGAAUCCGACGUUCAGAAUGCCAAAUCUCGAGAAGCAACAAGCAAAUUACGCAAGGAGCUCACUGCUUUAAAGAAGAAAGAGCACGAGUCAUCUGAAAGCCGUAAAUCGGAGGCAUCAACGAUCGUGGGUUUGCGUGGAGAGAUAGCCCACUUACAACAAGAAUUGACCGUCUCUCAGUCCAGGACAGACAAUGAAGGCAAAAUGCGUCAAGAAGCUGAACUGAAGGAAGCUGAGGCAUCUACAGCGUUGGAGAAGAGUAGGGCGGAGGUAUUCUCGUUCCAAUCACAGCUUGAGCUACCCAAGGACCAGCAUCAAUCAGCAAGCAUGGGAGGGCAGGUCAGAAAAAUUGGGUUUAAGAUAGACCCUUCCGGUGAUGAGCGUCAGGUAUACCUAAAUCGUUCUGAGCUACAGGAUAUCCUCGAGAAGUGCAAGAGAGAUGGAUUAAUCCCCUACGAUUCUCGACACCAUUCGAUGAGCCCCGAACACACUUGGGACAUAAUGAUGUCUCAACGUCUUGACUGCAUCACACUACAUCUCAUGGAGGAUUAUGCAAUGCCUAAGGAAGGACCAAAGCGCAAGCGACGUCCCGAGCCAAGUCAUGAGUCCUCUCUUGUGGUAUCACCUGAGAGCUCCAACCCGAUGAUCGGUUUGGAUGAUUCAAGCAUACUUGUACAUCGUACCAACAAAGCGAAAUCAGCAUGGCGUUUGCUAAACGAUCAUCUUGAGGGGAUGACUCACCGGGAUGAAAUGCAAACGGACCAGUAA